AGUUCUUCUGUUGACAUCAAUUUCAGUGGACGUAGAACGAGAUGAAGCUGUUAAUUUUCGCAUUUCUGGUGUGCUUUGCAGUUUGUGUUUUAGCAACACCAGGAGAAGAUGAGACAGUUGGAUCUUUUGAUUCCUCAGCAAAUUCUUACGAUCCAAGACAUGAAGCUGAAUUCAUCAAAACGAUCUUGAAACUCAAGAAAAAAUUGAUUGGUUGAAACCAACUCAAUAAUGUUAUCAAAUAAAUCAACAUCUUUAUAACUCAUUUGUCAUCUUACAACUUCAAGAUAUUUGAGUCAGAACACCAACAUCACAUUUUUUAUUGGCCAGUUUGCGUUUUCCACAACAUCGGUAACCGUGAACAAAAAAACUCUUUCUUAAUGUUAAGAAUUUUCUGUUAAGAUUUCUUUUCUUUUGUAAAUAUUCAUAUUUUAUUUUUUUAAUAAACUUUAUUUUUACGUUAGGAGGUUAAUUAAA